CUCUCCGGGUUUUCUCGUAGCGCCGCGGCGGAGUCGCUUUCGUCUUCAGCGGGAUGGGUAUUUUCUCGCGGGCUGGGCCACGGUGGUUCCUGCCACGGGCGGCGGUGGGGUUGCCGCUGUUCCUGUUGCUAGCGUCCAUCAGCUUGGCUGCUGCCGAUGAAGAAGCUGCUCAAGAGGAGUCUUUUGAAUCAAAGUCAACCUUGCCUUCUGAAGAACAAGUCAAAGAUCAUUCAGCAGGAGCCCAAGUGGUAGCAGGUCAGAUCUUUAUUGAUUCUGAAGAUCCAGAGGCUCUAGCUGAAGAUGGAGAUGGUUUUGGAGAAGAGGACAAGGAAAGGACUAUGGAGCGCUUAAGCUCUUUAGAAUUGUCUGCCUUAUUAAAUAAAGACUUGGAAGAAGUAGAAGCAGAAAAAGCAGUUUUGACAGCUAUUGGAGGAACUGCAGAUGGUGAAUUAUGUCGGUUCCCCUUUCUCUUUAUGGAGAAAGAAUACUCUGAAUGUACUGCAGAUGGGAGAGAAGAUGGGAGACUAUGGUGUGCCACAACCUAUGACUACAAGACUGAUCAAAAGUGGGGGUUUUGUGAAACUGAAGAGGAGUCUCAUAAGAGAAAACAAAUGCAGGAAGCAGAAGAUGUUUACCAAACAGGGAUGAAAAUUCUUAAUGAGAGCAGGAAAAAGGCCCAGAAGAAAGAGGCUUAUCAGUAUUUUUUGAGAGCAGCUGACAUGAAUCAUACUAAGGCAAUGGAAAGAGUGUCUUACACAUUAUUGUUUGGUGACUACUUGAAACAAAAUAUUCAAUCAGCUAAAGAACUGUUUGAGAAACUGACUGAAGAAGGAUCUCCUAAAGGUCAAACAGCCCUUGGAUUUCUAUAUGCUUCCGGUCUUGGUGUUGAUUCCAGCCAGGCGAAGGCAUUAGUUUAUUAUACUUUCGGUGCCCUUGGAGGAAAUUUAAUAGCACACAUGAUUUUGGGCUACCGGUACUGGGCUGGAAUAGGUGUCCUUCAGAGCUGUGAAUCUGCACUUACGCAUUAUCGCCUAGUAGCUAACCACGUGGCUAGUGAUAUCUCUCUGACUGGAGGCACAGUGGUUCAGAGAAUUCGUCUGCCAGAUGAAAUAGAAAAUCCAGGAAUGGCUAGUGGAAUGUUGGAGGAAGAUUUAAUACAAUACUAUCAGUUCUUAGCUGAAAAAGGAGAUGUUCAAGCACAGGUAGGACUUGGACAAUUGCACCUGCAUGGAGGAAGAGGAGUAGAGCAAAAUCAUCAGAGAGCUUUUGAAUACUUCAACCAAGCAGCUAAUGCUGGCAACUCACAUGCAAUGGCAUUUUUGGGGAAGAUGUAUUCAGAAGGAAGUGAUAUUGUACCUCAAAGCAAUGAAACAGCCCUUCAGUACUUUAAGAAAGCUGCUGACAUGGGCAAUCCAGUAGGACAGAGUGGUCUGGGAAUGGCUUAUUUAUAUGGAAGAGGUGUUCCAGUGAAUUAUGAACUGGCCCUGAAAUAUUUCCAGAAGGCAGCAGAGCAAGGAUGGGUCGAUGGACAGCUUCAAUUGGGCUCCAUGUACUAUAAUGGCAUUGGUGUCAAGAAAGACUAUAAGCAAGCCUAUAAAUAUUUUAACCUGGCUUCUCAAGGGGGUCAUAUUCUGGCGUUCUAUAAUUUAGCACAGAUGCAUGCCACUGGCACUGGAGUCAUGCGGUCCUGUCAUACUGCUGUUGAGCUGUUUAAAAAUGUGUGUGAACGGGGCCGUUGGUCUGAGAGACUCAUGACUGCUUACAACAGCUAUAAAGAUGGCAAUACGAAUUCUGCGGUUGUUCAGUAUCUCCUUUUGGCAGAACAAGGCUAUGAGGUUGCACAAAGCAAUGCUGCUUUCAUUCUUGAUCAAAAAGAAGCCAGCAUAAUAGAAGAGAAUGAAACCUAUCCCAGAGCCUUAUUACACUGGAACAGAGCAGCCUCACAAGGUUACACUGCUGCUAGACUAAAACUUGGUGAUUAUCAUUUCUACGGCUUUGGCACCGAAGUUGAUUAUGAGACUGCAUUUAUUCAUUACCGCCUGGCAACAGAGCAACAGCACAGUGCCCAAGCCAUGUUCAACCUAGGAUACAUGCAUGAAAAAGGACUUGGGAUUAAGCAGGACAUUCACCUUGCAAAACGCUUCUAUGAUAUGGCAGCUGAUGCUAGUCCUGAUGCUCAGGUUCCUGUCUUCCUUGCACUUUGCAAGUUAGGAAUUAUUUAUGCCUUCCAGUAUGUGCAGGAAACCAAUGUCAAGGAGAUAUUCUCACACCUGGACAUGGACCAACUCUUCGGCCCUGAGUGGGACCUUUACCUCAUGACCAUCAUUGCUUUACUUUUGGGCACAGUAAUAGCUUACAGGCAGAGGCAACAUCAAGGAGUCCCAAGGCCUGCGGGGCCACGACCAGCGGUACCUCCUCAAGAACCUGCUCCAGAACCCCAGCCACCCCAAUAGUAGCAGCUGGAGAUUCAACAAAGUGAACUGGAAUUUCUAGCUAGGACUCUUUUUGUGAUCAUAUGACAAAGGUCCCACUCAGAUCAAAUAGAUACAUGCACACAAGAUUCAGAAAAGUAUUGAAUUGAGAAAGCAGUUUAGAAUUAUGCCUUUUUUCAGGGAUAUGCAUCUUUUUUUAAAUGGAGUGGAAUGUUAUUUCAGUGCCAAUGGAAUAACAGAUUUUGUGAAAAAGAAGUGUGCUACUUCAAAAGUGAUGCCUACUAUAUUUAGUUCAUUCAGUGCCCUUUUCAACUGUCUUUUGAUUGUUCAAAAAUAUUAUGAGGUUUAAUAUGAGAACAUUAGACCUUGUGCUCUUUAUAGUAAAUGGUUGUUGUCUUUUCCAGAUGUUUGUGAUUGUGAUUAUUUUAUGGUUCUCCCAAUUAUUUUGAAACCAACAUAAACCUCUGUAAUGGCAUCAGCCAUGAGGGUCUGGAUGCUUUAACUUAGAAUGACCACUUAUAAAUAAAUAUAUAUUCAUGGGCUACUCUUUCUAGAGGUCAGGUUUAAAAUACGAACUACAUUUGUGCAAUGACUAUUUAAAUAAGAUGAAACCUUUUUGUUUAGCAUUCAGACUUGCUUGAAUUAUGCACACUCAAUCUUUCUGGUAUAUCUUUUCCCAAGUAUACAAGGCGGCUUGUUUAGUCUUCCUUUUUUUUAUUGUUUCACAAGUAUGCCAAGGUUAUCCAAGCAAUGGGCUGAAAAAACAACCAGUGUUAAUCAACCUCUUUAUUUCAGUGGUUUUUUUUCUGAAGUAUUUUCUCAUUGGAUAUCAUUGGUUUGCUUUUCAGUCCAUCAUAAUAUAUUCUUAUGAUUCAGACUUAUUUGGGUAGAAGAUUGUGCAAGUAAGUGUUAUUAAUGUAACUGCUAUCUACAUAUCUCUUUAAAAUAUGCACUCUGUUAUACUGCACAUGGCUCUUUGAGAACUAGUCAGUGAGUAUGCAUAUGGUAGGCUAUCCUAACAGUGUUGUUUUAUAACAACCUUACAGCUAUGCCAGAUUUGGGUAGAAUGCAUGUGAUUUUUAAACUUUUGCAAAAUAGGGAUAGAACGCAUGGCUAGGAUUGAAACAUGGACAUUUUCAAAACAGUGAUGAGUUAUAUGAGUUGCAGUAGAAAAUCUAAUCCCAAAAUUUCCCUUGCAAUGUCAUGAAAAUAACAUUAUUUUUGCUGUAAUAUUAAUUUAUGAAGAUUUUAAGUACUAUACUAGGAAAACAACAGAUUUUAGCUGAAGGCCUAAUUUUAAAAAAAUACUUUUUGCUACUAGUGCAUCAUUAUAUAAUCUGGAGUACCCUAGAAAAAUAUAAUUAAAUGCUGUUCUCUGGAAACUAAACCUCAUUAAGUGCAUUUAAGAAGUAUGCAACUUCUGUAUAUAUCAGUAGGCUCCCUUGUGUAAGUUUAGAGUACAUGACAGGAACAACAAAAGUCCCCUUAUAAUGAAAGUGGGGAGACAGAAAUUGAGUUUAUAUAAAUCUAAAAUACAAGGAUAUUUUUAACAGGCUUGAUUAUAUCUACAGGAAGCUGUUUUAACAGCAAGGCAUGUGUCUUAGCAGCAGUAUUACUAAAGGUAGUUGUGUAGACAGAACUUUCUAUUGUACACAUUGGAUAAGAUGAAACAUUUCUUGCAAUGAAUAUAAGAUGUCAAAAAAAAGGAAACAAAAAUCUGUUCAGAUAUUUGGGCUGUAGUUUUUUUUAAAUAAUUUGUGGAAAACUUAGCUAUUUCAGAAGAAAAAAAACCUUGUCUCAAGAAACCUUGCCUCUUCUCUAAUAAAAGGUGCAAAUGGAAAAAAUGUCCCAAGUCUUUAGUUUGAAUAAUGGUCUGCCCUUGUGUAUAUUGUGUAUAAACUCUUUGGUGAUGAACUCCAGAAACAUUUAUUAACAUAAAUAAAAUCCAAAUCAUACUGAAAUUGUUUUUUUCUGAAAUAUAAGUAAUUUUUCAAAAUGAUGAAAAAUUUCCAAUGACUUUUCCUUCUGACAUUACUUUUAAUUACUAUGAUGAGCUAUUAUUUCUGCUGCUUAAUUACAGGAAUGUAACAAUGGAUUCUAUAUGCUUAAAUUUCACUUAAUGUAAUAUCCUGCUUCUAGCACUUGAAAGAAAAUACAAAAUUGCCACAUUUUACACCCUUUUGACUUUUUGCUUUCAAAAGUCAGGUUAAGCAAUAUUCAUGCUUCCUGUUUUUAGUGUUGCCUCAUCAAUAUAAAAAUAUUGAUUUAAGUUGUAUGUGCUUUUUGAAAAGCAUCAGGCUAACUCAGGGAUUUAAGAAUUUGUAGAUUUUCAGGUUGUUUGCCUAGACAAUUGUAUCUUUGAUUAUUCUGAUCUAUUCUAAUUGAACUUUUACCAUUUAUUUUUAAUUAAAAUGAACACUACCAGAAUAGAAGUACUUUAGUUCAUUUUAAUAUGCAGUAGUUUAGAAAGCAACCCACUUACUUUCUGAAAGAGGGUGAAUUAAACUUAAUCUAAAUAGGCUAGUUGACAGGAAUCAACUUUCUGAAUACAAAUUGUUAUAAUUGAAAGGCAUUCUUCUAAACUUACUGGAAUUUAAAGGCUGUUACUACAAAAACAAAAUGGCUAUAGCAGGCCAAAUAGGAUUAGAACAUAGAAUUGGUUUAUAGUAGGCAUUAAAGUUCUGUUUAAACUUCGUAAUUUUUCUUACCCAACCUUUCUUUUAAAAAAAUAUUCUUUAUUUUACCAAAUGAAAAUAUCAGAAGAAUGUUUUGGGGAAUAUAAUUAUAUACUGUUUGAACAUUACAGUUCAGAUUGUUAGCUGCAUUAACAUGCUAUGCAUAUGUAUGGCAAAAUUUAUUCUGUGUAGGCCAAACUGUUUUGAGGAUUUAGUCAAAAGUAUUUGAAAUUAUGGCAAACAUUUUACCACAUUGGUGAGGUUGUUAGGAUCUGCAUUCCUCCUCUGUAAUAUAAAUGCAUCUUAAUCUAGAAUUUGUAAUGUGGCUGUGCAUGAGGAUGAAUAUUGAUCUAUGAGAAUGUAUUCCAGUGUAUUAAUUCUGUUCCUUAAUAGUGGUAAGAAACCUGAGAGCAAGUUUUUCUGCAUUUUAAGAAAUCAAAUGUACCACACUCCGACUAAAGGUGUAGCCAUCACUGUUAGAUCCAAUAGCUGAAUCUGUAAGGUUUCAAGCAGGUGCAAGCACUUGCAUAUGCAACACUAUUAUACUAAGACCAUGUACCUCUAUGCCACAGAUCCCUGGUGUAAAUGAUUCAAUUGAUACGAGUGGAAAGCUUGGUGCAUUUGUCUGAACACAAGGCUUUAGUGCAAAUUAAUAUUGAUAGAAACAUGCUGCAAGUCCUGGCUAUCUGAAGCUGGACUUGAGCCAAAAUGCUCCGCUUGCUAUUUGUAAUGAUCCCCGUGUCAGGUUCUUCUAGUCUUUUAAUAUUUUAAACAGCACAAUAAACAAUUUUAUUUCAAAGAAUGUGUAUGAUUUGAAUGAAUGCAUUUGCAGAGAGGAAAUAAAUCUGUGUGACUUGGAUUGACAUGCAUUGGCAAAAGGAUAAAUUGUUAAGUGUGUAUAAGGGGUUUUGUAAAUUUUCUUUUGUAUUUAAGAUGAUGCAGUAUAAAGGUUGGAAAAGUGUAAUAUAGCUGUAAACAAAAUCUGUUAAUAGAGAAAUGUACAGAUUCAUUUUGUAUUAUAUCUUGUUAAAUAAAGAUGCCACUUUGGUGAUUGGCCUGUAAUGAAUGCUGUAAGAGAACUUGUGUUGCCUUUUAUUAAAGAUAUUUUUGAUAAAA